CGCAACGAUUAAUCUAUAUAUAUAUAUUUUUUUUAGCGUAGCCUCUUCACAAUCUCAUGCGCGAGUCCCAGCAAAGUAGAAGUAUGCGCGAAAGCGCCCAAGAGAGCGCAAUGUUUGGCCGCAACUCGUUUCAAGGGUGCAUCUUCCAGACGCGCCGAAGCUUAGUCGACAGCGUCAAGGCGUAUUUUAGCCACACUGAGUAUCGGCCCAGCCAGCAGCAAAUCGAAAAGGACCGGUAUAUCUUGUUCGGGCGGGUUUUAUACAAGGACUGGAUGGUCAUACCGGCCGGUGUGGCAAUCCAAUUCUGCUACGGGUCAUUGUACGCGUGGUCAAUUUUCAACGCGCCCAUCAACAAGUUGCUCGGAAAUGGCGUCAACAAGACAGGCGCCGAAAACACCUUUUACAUUACGCUGGGAAUUUUGGGAUUCACAGGCGCACUGUUCGGGCCGUGGAUAGAGUCGCAUCAUCCGCGCAAAUCCGGCACUAUCGGAAUAGCACUAUUUUUUGCUGGCCAUUUGACUGCCGCACUGGCACUGUUUGUACGUAUGAUGUCUCUGCUAUAUUUUGGCUACGGGGUUAUUGGCGGAAUUGGCCUGGGCGUUGGAUAUGUGUCGACUGUCGAGGCAGUAAGCAAGUGGUGGCCCAAGGCCCGAGGCGCAGCUUCCGGAAGCGCCGUCAUGGGCUUUGGCGGAGGCGCGUUGGCCUUCAGUUAUAUCAACAAGGCGCUUGUCGACUACACAAGUCUACCCAAAGCAUUUGUGAUCCUGGGCUCGGCCACCUUUAUCGUGAUGCUAUUCUGCCUUCAGUUCAUCGCGCCGCCGCCGCCUGACCACAACAUCAACGGCAUAAUAAUGACAGAGUCCAGCGGCAGGCCGCACUUUGACAUUCCGCCCGUGCAAAUGCCGCUGGGCGAGGUUUUGCGGUCGCGAGACUUUUGGCUGCUGUAUAUUUCGUUUAUAGCCAAUAUCGUGUUCUGCCUGGUGAUCCUGUCCAAUCUUCCCAAUAUGAUCAACAGGCUGUUUGGCAAGGACAGCAAGGAAGGCAAGGAGUCGCCGCUGCCCGCACAUAUUGCCGUGUCUAUUGAAAGUGGGUUCAACAUGCUGGGCCGCGUGUUGAUAGGGUCUGUGUCCGACAAGGUCGGGCGCAAAUCAACAUUUCUUGUCCUUUUGCUGACCCAAGUAGCUGUCUUGAUAUGCGUUCCAAUAACCAUCCACACGGGCAACUUCUGGGGUUUUCUAGUUCUGGUAUGGUUGGCGACUCUGUGCUAUGGAGGUGGUUUUGGGAUGAUACCUGCUUUCUUGUCCGAUAUGUUUGGCAUUAGCAAUAUGAGCAGCUGUCACGGCGUCAUCCUGACUGGCUGGUCGAUCACCUCAAUCAGCGGUGGUCUGGCAUUUACAAACUCCAUCAACGCACACAUCAACCACGGCGGCAAACCGUACGACACCGACAUAUAUUUUGUCAACUUUAUGUGGAUGCUAGCGCUGGUGGUAAUUGGUUUUGUAUGCUGCUUGUUUGUCAGGGCGUCAAUCCGCGACCGCAUGUUCCCAGCGCUGCCCGGCCAGAUCAUGCGCAUGCGCAUUUUUGGCCGCGUAUUUCGAAUUCAAUGGAUCUACAAGGCUGCGCACAACGAGGAUUUGGAUUAUAUGUUGAGUUCGGUUGAAAACAGAAGGAAGCACAUGCGGUUUGGGAACGAGGGGCGCCGCUUGCGCUGGGAGUAUAUGAAAAAAGAGGAUGAACAGAUUGAGUGGGAGGAAUACUUGGCGUUGCGUGCGGCACAAACCCAGUUGAUGCGCGAGCCAGCCAUUUAAUAUCUUAAAUAUAUUAUAUUGCUUUUCUGAGCUUCUGUUUUUUUUUUUUUUUUUU